AAAAUUGUAAUCGCUCUGCUCCACGCCCCUGCCCUCUACCUAAGCACUGGAAUAUGUAGGAAAUAUCCGUGGAGAGAUGGGCUGAAACUCCUUUCGGUUCAUCCUAAAAGAUUUCUCAAGCGGCCUAUAGGAUUUCCGAAAGAACAUAAAUAUCAUACAGGGGAAUGAGCAGGCUGAGGUGGGGAGAUGCCUUACGUGGAUCGGCAGAACCGGAUCUGUGGCUUCCUGGACAUUGAGGAGAAUGAGAACAGUGGCAAGUUCCUCCGACGCUACUUCAUCCUGGACACCAAGGAGGGUAGCCUGGUGUGGUACAUGGACAACCCACAGAACCUGCCCAAAGGAGCUGAAAAUGUUGGCUCCCUCAAACUCACCUACAUCUCCAAGGUGAGUGAUGCCACAAAGCUGCGACCAAAGGCGGAGUUCUGCUUCGUCAUCAAUGCUGGUAUGAGGAAGUUCUACCUCCAGGCCAAUGAUCAGCAGGAUCUGGUAGAGUGGGUCAACGUGCUCAACAACGCCACCAAGAUCACAGUGCCAAAGUCGGGGGAUGGCCAGCCCAGUGCAGAGAUGACCCAGGAGGGGCUGGGUGCCACAAAGCAAAUCUCCUAUAAGACAGAGAUCAUAGGUGGAGUCCCCAUCAUCACUGCCACACAGGAGCAGGGCGACGGGGGGCAGAACGGAGCAGAGCGGGGGAGCCAGCGGAAGGCCCACAGCCAGCUGCCCUACUUCCUGGGGCGAGGGGCGCAGGACCAGGCUCUCAUCAAGGCUGGAUACUGUGUGAAGCAGGGAGCCGUGAUGAAGAACUGGAAGAGGAGAUACUUCUUACUGGAGGAGAACGCGGUCAGCUACUUUAAGUCAGACCUGGAGAGGGAGCCUCUGCGUGUGAUCCCGCUGAAAGAGGUUCACAAAGUUCAGGAGUGCAAACAGAGUGACUUAAUGCAGAGGGACAAUCUAUUUGAAGUCGUCACAAGCUCAAGGACCUUCUACAUGCAGUCGGACAGUCCAGAGGAGAUGCACAGCUGGAUCAAGGCCAUCUCAGGAGCCAUUGUGGCCCAGCGGGGGCCCGGACGCUCAGCUGCCUCUAUGCGUCAGGCCCGUCGGCUGUCGAACCCUUGUAUACAGAGGUAUACAUUCCGCAAUGGAGCACAGCGACCACUCUACCACCAGCAUCCCUUCCAGCUUCUACUGCAGCAGCAACCACGGGGGACCCCCCGCCCCUCGCUCGCCCGUCCAGGCAGAGCCACCCUACCCCCAGCCCCAGGGGGGCCCGGGCCCUUACCUGGGACAGCCAGGACUUCAUGGGCCUGCUGCCCUGGAGAGGCCACCCGGAGGCACCACCACCACCCCGCUCCCGCCUCUCCCUCCAGGAGACCCCCCGCCUGUCCAAGUGAGCGCCUCGUCCCUGUACCACACCAACGCCGACCGGGAGGACCGGUCGCCAUGGAGACGGCGCAGCGAAGUAGAGAGCGACCAACUGGAAAUCUCCACCCUCAGCUUCGAGGACUCAGAUCUGCAUGUCAGCCAGGUGUGAGCCUCUAGUCUAACCCCUGACCUUUGACCUCUAACCCCUGCCUCACAGGACACCGCAAGCUCUCACCCAUAACCCCACUCCCCCUUCCCUCCACCACCUGUCCUUCACUCCCCAUGCACAGUGGAUGCAGGUGGAUUCACACUGACACAAAGGGGACUGGGCAGUUAUCACCAAUGACAAACGGAAAGCCAAUCAAAAGUGACCAAAAAAUGGAGCUGAACCAAUCAGAGCCGACCUGGCCCUCAGGAAGACAGGAAGUGGUCCCUGGUUGUCAUUAGGUGAAUGCACCAAUUUGUAAGUCGCUCUGGAUAAGAGCGUCUGCUAAAUGACUUAAAUGUAAAUGUAAAUGUAAAUGGUUGUGAUUGGUGAUCGUCUACUCUACCCCUGUAUCGAGAGCUUCUCUUAACAGAGCCAAUGGCGUGAUGUGUCAGGAGAAGGAGACCUUGUCAGGUGUUUGGUUUUAGUUCAGUCUCUUUCGUUGUUGAUAUUUCUGUUGGGUGUUGCUCUUUCUCUCUUGGUGUUGGCAUUGUGUGGUAUGAUUCAAUUACAUCAUCCCUUGUCCAUUGGCUAAAGAGGUUACUGAUUUAGCUUACUCUGCUGAGAAACUCAAUGCUCACGUUUCUUACCUUCUCCACCUUCUCCUUCUUCUCCCUGACGUCACGUGAUUUACUGUUAUCAGGGUUGUUGGGCCUAAUUUAAAGAGGCGUUAGAUGUUAUUUUUAUUGAUAGUUAUGUAAACGAAAAAGUUGUAACUGUCGACAAUGAGACAACCCCACUCGUAUACACAAUGGUUUAGAUUUGUAUGUACUUUUAAGAUGUUAGAUAUAUUUUCUUUUAAGCUGACCAUUUAGUUUUUAUCCAAAGCAUGCCGUUGUGGAAACACCUAAUGAAAUAUGAAACCAAAAUCUUAAAAAGAACCUGUUGAAAUUCCGUGCACCAUUCUUGCUUUCGGGUGUUUUUUGGAGUGAGUGGGUCUUGUGUAUAUUUCUGUUUUUAGUACUCCUUUAGAAAUGCUUUGAGUCCUUAUGCUCUAAUGAAAGUUACACCUGUUGUGUUCGUUCAGACUCUCUCUUUCUCUCUCAAUCAGUCACACACACACACACACACACACACACACACACACACACACACACACACACACACACACACACACACACACACACACACACACACACACACACACACACACACACUGUCACACCAAGGUGUUUUGCCAAAUUUAAGUCCUGCACUGUAAUGUUAUGUGCCUGUCAACGUUAGCAUGCAUUUGUAUAGUGACUUCUCCCUCAGGAGGACAGAUAUGCACAGUACAGUACAAUACAUCUAUAGGCCUGUGGGUAUGGCCUUUUAACUGGCACUUUGUGGAUACAAUGUGGGCAGAUAAUCUGCCCGCUACACUUGAUCUGUUUUAUGGGUGUUCCUUUGACGUCCUCUUCUCUACUGUAUGAGUACUGUACUACUUUUCUCAAUGCUGUGACGGUUUGUUUGCGUGUCUGUGGGGAAGACAUAGGGUACCUGCGUUGCCAAUAUGGUGGAAGACGGGAGGAGGGUUUGACCUUUGGCCUCAGCUGUGUGCUCUUCCUGUUUUUACUGUGUUGCACAACUCUUACUGUAAUAGCUGCUGAAGUGCCUGCGUUCUUUCUAUAGAGGAAAAAAAAACAAGAAGCUAUUUUGACCCUUUUAAUUGUGUACCUGAUGUUCUUAAAUCGUGUGCAUUAUUUAUUAAGUGGAGUUUGAAAAUAAAUCAAUGGAUUCAA